UGAUACUCGUCUCUCUCUCUCUCUCUCGAAGUGUCGAAUUUCAGUUGCACAUCUGCAACAGCGAAUGCUGUUCUGUUCUUUUUAUGGUCUGAAAAUUUUAUGGAACAGUGACAUUUCCUUCCGUUCUGUUUCAUCUUUAUAAUGAGAAACAAAUCGUAGAUUCAAAAUCCAACUUCGACCCACUUCUCAUCUCCUCCGGUUUCGAUUCGGGUAUCGAUUAUUUCCCCCAUUCCUUUUAAUUUCCCCAUCAGAUUAUGCCUCCGAAUACAGUAGCGGUGACAAUGGAGAAGCCAGAAAACUUCUCUCUGUUAGAGAUCAACGGCUCAGAUUCAUCCUUGUUCCCGGACAAGCGAAAAUCCAUCAGCCCCAAACAGUUCUCUUGGUUUCUCCUCCUCAAAGCUCACAGAGUCGUGUCGUGUUUCUCAUGGCUGUUUGGUUCUAUCAAGAAGCGCAUUGCUUUGUCCGACGGCAACCUAAACGAAGAAGAAGACCCCAAAAGCAGAGGAAAGCAGAUGUACAGAUUCAUAAAAGCCUGUCUGGUUAUUUCCAUUGCAGCUCUGGUCAUAGAAUUCAUCGCUCAUUACAAGAAAUGGAACUUGGAUCUCAUAAACAGACCUUCUUGGGAGGUUCGUGGGUUAGUGGAGUGGUCUUACAUGGCAUGGCUUUCGUUUCGGGCAGAUUACAUCGCUCCUGUUGUGGUCAGUCUCUCCAGGUUCUGCACUGUUCUGUUCUUGAUCCAGUCUCUUGAUCGGUUAGUUCUUUGCCUCGGUUGCUUCUGGAUCAAGUAUAAGAAGAUCAAACCCAGAAUUGAUGAUGAUGCUCUGGAUGUAGAAGACGGCUCGAACUUCCCAAUGGUUCUUGUUCAGAUUCCCAUGUGCAACGAACGUGAGGUGUAUGAACAAUCCAUAGCUGCAGCUUCACAGCUUGACUGGCCAAAGGACAGGAUCUUGAUUCAAGUUCUUGACGAUUCAGAUGAUCCGAACCUGCAACUUCUGAUCAAAGAAGAAGUCUCAGUUUGGCGGGAAAAAGGCGUAAACAUAAUCUACAGACAUCGGUUGAUCAGGACAGGUUACAAAGCUGGGAAUCUCAAGUCUGCAAUGAGCUGCGAUUACAUCAAAGACUACGAGUUCGUCGCGAUCUUCGACGCCGAUUUUCAGCCAAAUUCUGAUUUCCUCAAGCUCACAAUCCCUCAUUUCAAGGGGAAUCCAGAACUGGGUUUGGUCCAGACACGUUGGUCAUUCGUGAACAAGGACGAGAACCUCCUUACAAGGCUUCAAAACAUAAACCUCUGUUUCCACUUCGAAGUGGAACAGCAAGUGAACGGUGUCUUCCUCAACUUCUUUGGUUUCAACGGAACAGCUGGUGUCUGGAGGAUCAAAGCCCUCGAAGAAUCCGGCGGCUGGAUGGAGAGGACGACUGUUGAAGACAUGGAUAUAGCCGUUAGAGCUCAUCUCAACGGCUGGAAAUUCAUCUUUCUUAACGACGUUAGGGUUCUCUGUGAAUUGCCCGAGUCUUAUGAAACUUACAAGAAGCAGCAACAUAGGUGGCAUUCCGGUCCUAUGCAGCUUUUCAGGCUUUGCCUUCCUUCUAUCAUAACUUCCAAGAUAUCGGUAUGGAAGAAGACGAAUCUGAUCUUCCUGUUCUUCCUUCUCAGAAAGCUUAUAUUACCCUUCUACUCAUUCACACUCUUCUGCAUUAUACUUCCAUUAACAAUGUUCAUACCAGAAGCUGAGCUCCCGUUAUGGGUCAUCUGCUAUGUCCCCAUUUUCAUGUCCCUCCUCAAUAUCCUCCCAUGCCCACAAUCAUUUCCCUUCUUAGUCCCUUACCUCCUCUUCGAGAACACAAUGUCCAUCACCAAAUUCAACGCCAUGAUCUCCGGCCUCUUCCAGCUCGGCUCAGCCUACGAGUGGGUCGUGACCAAGAAGACGGGGAGAUCCUCUGAAUCAGACCUCUUGGCCUUCGCUGAGAAAGAGGAGAAGCUUCACAGGAGGAACUCGGAGUCAGGUCUGGAGCUUCUGAGCAAACUUAAGGAGCAAGAGACUAAACUUGCGGAGGAAGAAACACUGAAAAGCAUCGGCGGAGGAAUGAGGAUGAAGAAGAGGAAGAGGAACAGGCUGUACAAGAAGGAACUCGCACUGGCAUUUCUGCUUCUGACAGCUGCGGCGAGGAGCUUCUUGUCGGCUCAUGGACUUCACUUCUACUUCUUGCUGUUUCAGGGACUGUCUUUCUUGGUCGUAGGACUGGACUUGAUCGGCGAGCAGAUAAACUAGAGCAAUCUCUUGUUACUCACACGUCGUGUCUAUUCCUUAUUUCGAUUGAUUUUUUUUUUUUCAUUUUGUGGGUUUAUGGGAAUAUGUAAGAACUAAAUCUCCAGUUUCAGAAAGCGAGCGAGUAA